GGGAGCUGAGCUGCAUGUGUUUGAUCUGUGGGAGAACCACGAGGAGAACCCACGAGGAGAACCACGAGGAGAACCACGAGGAGAACGUGCGGACUCCGGCCUGACGGCGGCGCCGAUUGGCUGCUACAAACAUACGAAGAAGAAACCCGGAAGUGGAGGCUGUGGCCGGCGCGAGGACAGAUCGAUCACAUGGAAGGCCCCUCAGGUAACAUCACAGUGACCUCAUCAAACAGGAAGUGCUCUGCUGUGACAGGAAGUGGACGAAGGAUCAAAGAUGGCGCAGCUGACUGGCACAACCUGCGCGCUCGUUGGGAGAAACUGAACGACGACGGAUUCGUCAUCGCAGGAAACAUCGUAAACCUGCGACUUAGCUCUCACCGUGAGCAGCAGGUCCAGGCUCCGCCAGCAGGAGGCGCCGAACUGCAGGAAGAGUGCAGCAAACUACACGACAUCGUAAACAAAAUGGUUGCCAUAGUGAUGAAGAUGGAGCGUCUGACGGCGUCUCAGCGAGGAAUUCUGGAUCUGGAGGAGUUUCAGUUUGGACCUGAAGGCAGGAAAGUUCCUCUGUUCCACAGCUGGACCACCAAACAGUUCGAGGACUCGUCUCGGGUCUUGUUGGACGCCUUCCGUCGGGAGCUUCAGCUGAAGCAGACCAUCCUGCAGGAACUGGCCCACACUGUGACCUCUGACCUCUGCAUGGUGUACCUGUCCUGCUGGCUGCACCAGCCCUUCAGCCCCCCCCAGACCCGCCUGACGCUGGAGGCUCUGCUGCUGGAGACCGGACACCGCCCCCUCUGAUGCCCGCUAGCCUAGCUUAGCACAGAGACACCGCCCCCUCUGAUGCCUGCUAGCCUAGCUUAGCACAGAGACACCGCCCUCUCUGAUGCCCGCUAGCCUAGCUUAGCACAGAGACCGGACAUCGCCCCCUCUGAUGCCUGCUAGCCUAGCUUAGCACAGAGACACCGCCCCCUCUGAUGCCCGCUAGCCUAGCUUAGCACAGAGACCGGACACCGCCCCCUCUGAUGCCCGCUAGCCUAGCUUAGCACAGAGACCGGACAUCGCCCCCUCUGAUGCCUGCUAGCCUAGCUUAGCACAGAGACCGGACAUCGCCCCCUCUGAUGCCUGCUAGCCUAGCUUAGCACAGAGACAUCGCCCCCUCUG